UGCGCGUUCCCCACCCUCCCUCCUUUUCCCAUCCUUUCCCCUAUCUAUUGGCUCCUUCCCGUGCUCUCUGUUCUCCCGCGCGCUCGCUCUUUAGACCUAUCCCGCCCCUCCUUGUGCCUUGUCCUCGCGCUCGGCGUUCCAACGUAUCGGGCUCGCGGGCGGGCGCGCGCUCUCCUGCUCUCCUCGUGCGCGUGCGCUGCUGAGGAGAGCCUCGGAGAAGCAAGCGAGGUUUGCCAAGAUGGAGUCGUGGCCGGAGCUGCAAAGAGGAGCCUGAGGGGGAAGAAAAGAAGAAGAAAAAAAAAACUAAGGGAAAAGGGGUGUUGUGGUUGUUACGGUGAGGAAUAAUAGAAGCCUCUUUGCCUCAUGGCUUGGUGAGGCGGAGAGACAGAGGCCCGCUCGGGGCCCUUCCCGCUCCUCCAGCCAGGAUGCUGCCCUCCCAGGAGGCCUCCAAGCUGUACCAUGACAACUACAUGCGGAACUCGCGGGCCAUCGGCGUGCUGUGGGCCAUCUUCACCAUCUGCUUCGCCAUCAUCAACGUGGUGGUCUUCAUCCAGCCCUACUGGAUCGGCGACAGCGUCAGCACGCCCAAGCCGGGCUACUUCGGCCUCUUCCACUACUGCGUGGGCAAUGAGGGCAGCCUCAAGGAGUUCACGUGCCGCGGCUCCUUCGCCGACUUCCGCAGCAUCCCCUCGGGCGCCUUCAAGGCCGCCUCCUUCUUUGUGCUGCUCUCCAUGGUGCUGAUCCUGGGCUGCAUCACCUGCUUCGCCCUCUUCUUCUUCUGCAACACCGCCACGGUCUACAAGAUCUGCGCCUGGAUGCAGCUGCUGGCAGCUCUCUGCCUGGUGCUGGGCUGCAUGAUAUUCCCAGAUGGCUGGGACUCAGAGACCGUGAGGGACAUGUGUGGGGAGAAGACGGGAAAGUACUCACUGGGUGACUGCUCUGUGCGCUGGGCUUACAUCCUAGCCAUCAUUGGCAUCUUGAAUGCCCUCAUUCUCUCCUUCCUGGCCUUUGUCCUUGGCAAUCGGCAGAACGACCUGCUUCAUGAAGAACUCAAAACAGAGAACAAAGAUUUUGUUGGCACUGCGAGGAUAUAAUGUAGAAGAGGCAAGAGGGCCCCAACACUCAUUGGUAUCUGGACUGGACUCCUCCCUCCAUCCCUGCCCACCUCCCUCACUGCCUUUCCUUUGCUGCUGCCAACUGGGGGGAGGGAAACACAAAAGACGAAACCACCCAACUCAAAAGCCUAUGAAUUUUCUGACCUCCUCACCUACGAGCGCCUCCUCCAGAGACUCAUCCAUCCCUCCUGAUUCGCCAGCUUUGGCUCAUGCCCCCCUUCCCCUCUGCUGAUCGGCUGCUGGAUGGAAGUUUGACACACAGAUAAUGCAACCCCACCAUGAACCUGAUCGCUUUGGGGGAAAGGAAAAGUGAACACCGACUGUUGUGUUUCAAAGCAAUGAUGCCCCCCUGGGAUUUUUAAAGACAAGUCUUCUCAACAGGUUCCAGCCCCCCUUUUCCCCACCCUGCAGUGCCCUCCUCACUUCCCAAAAUCAAGAGUUGGUGCCAAGAUGCUACUGUUGUAAUAGACUCCACCAGGGCCACCUCUUUGCCUCAUCUCUCCUCCUCCCACCCCCCAUUUUUAACCUUUCAGCAACUUUGCUCACCUGUACGUACAGCCUUCUGGGGCCGCCCAGCACCUAAGACUGGUCCAUUUGAUAUACUUUUGUGUGUAAAUUAAAUCGUCUCUGAACAGGGUAACGGUGAGCACCGAAUCCCCUUCUCUUCGGGGAUUUCAGCCACCAGAACUUUGCAUUCUCCACUCAUUCUGCCCAGGUAAUGCAUCCGUACAUUCAAGCAUACAGAGGGGAAAGUGGAGGGAUUGAAGGAUUGGUUGUCUGGUUUUGGCUCUGCUCUCUAUAGUGAGCUCCAGCAUCUCAACUUGGAUGGGGAGACUUUUCAAACACUGAAUGUAACCCUUGACCAGGCCCCACCCAAUCAUGAGAACAUGGGGAGGAAAGAGGUAACGGGUAAGGAGCAAGACUCUCCUCUUAGCUGUGGACAGGAAUGACAACUUGCUAGGUUGUGGUCACAGGUUGGUUCUGAGGCAUAUGCCUCACUCCACCUACCUCAACCACAUGGUGCUCUGUCUCCUGAGUGGAAGCAACUAGGCGACACAGAGUUGAAGAAAAUUGGGCAUAUUAGGGACUUUCACUUCCAUGCCUUUGGAAGUGAGAGGAUGUGGUCCUAAGACCCUGUCCAUCCUGCAGAAGUAGGUUUCCACCAUAUCCCAUGUUGUGGACUAACGGACAGGAGAAGCAAAAGUCAAAAGCUGCCACCAUCCCAUCCAUUCUUGGAAAAUAGGACAUAGAUGUCCUGUCCCAGAUGUCUGCUCCUCCAGACAGCCAUGUCCCAACAAAGCCUAACCCCUAUCCACAGUUUUGGGUGAAUAUUGAUCAGGUACCUGAUCAGGUAGAUGUCAAAACUUGUGCAGGGGAAGUUUCCCUACCAAGGUGAGGCCAAACAUAGACUAGUGUUGCAGAGUAUUUCAACCUGUGGGGUGUCCCUUUCCUUGGUCACACUGCCGCCCAGCUUCCUCCCCACAGUAAGGAUUGGCAUUAUAUGGCUGUGGCACAAGGCACAGCUGCCUUGGCAACAAUCCCCAAGAAUAUCUUUUUCACAGAGCCAAGAACACUACGGGCAUAGAAGAGGUAGAGAAAACAUUUUUUUCUUUGUCAGAGUCAAGAAAGAGAGAAAGAGGGGGGGGGGGGGAGAUCAGGUAACCAAAGGAGAGGUCAGAACAAAAUGCCAACACGGCUUAAGCUUAUUCUAAUAGCCAAGGCAGAAAAUCCAAAUGCUAGUAAAACUAAUCUGAAUUGACCAUUUGUCAAACGUUUUAAGAGAAAUCCUAAAUCGGCUGCCUGAAGUGAGCUACUUAACCCUUGUCAGGCAGUAGGACCUUUGGCAAAUGGUGUAAAUUUACAGACACAAAAAAGAGCCUGAAGCAGUGCUUCUUAAGCUAUCCAAUGCAGCAGACUAGCAAAAGGCCAGCAUCAUAUUUGUGCACAUUGGCUACAGUUGGAAACUGGAAAAUUGUUGCAGAUUGGCAAGUGGCUCGUUGACUGGCACUAGCCCGCAAACCUCUCCACUGAUCCAGUGCUCAAGUCUAAUUUUGUGUUGCCUGGAGGCCUAAGAAGUCCACACACACACAACCCAAAGUUCCCAUUCCAAUAUACACUUUAAAAGGAAUUGUUACUGGAAGCCUCCAGAAAACACAUUAUUCCCCUUAAAACACUGUGUGCACUUUAGUUACUUUUGCAUCCAAAUAUGUUUUUUCCAUAACUGGAGGUGGACCGAUAUCCAUUUCAGUUUGGGGAGUGCAUAACCUACAACAAGUCGAUGUCUCACCAAGUCUCUGGACAGUGCUAGAACCUAACCCUUCAAGCAAAGGAAAUCUGCAUAAAACCCUAAUGUAGCAUUAAGGUCCAGGGACCUCUAUAUGAAGUGACAGCACGAGACCUGUGGUAGAGUCAUAAGCUGUUUAAUAGCUGCUGGGAAAAUGGGAGGGAGACGGUGCUGGAGACUGGUGCUAGGAGAGCACUUCCCUGAUGAAUCCUCCACUCCUCAAGCUACUGUUUGAUGCUGAGAUGAAUAUGUUCCCUCUCACCAGAAUAAACAGCUGCUUCAGAGGGUAUUUUCCAGCAAGUAAAAGAAGUAAAGAGUUAACCCCAUUCCCCAGACACCAUGGUCAUUUAUUGGAUUUCCACACACAGUUCUUAAACUGUGGAAAGAUUGGCAAUUAGGAAAAUAUCUUGUUUGUCCCCAGGGGAAAGAGCCAGCAUGGAUUUGGGAAGGAUGCUUCAUCAGUGUAUUUGCACAGCAGCAACAGUGUCUUGGUCAAGUCACUAGGUUUGCCAACCCAUGAGCUCUUUGACCCUUCACAAUUAGAGCAGUGCAUGAUCCCACUUUGAGCAGAGUUUACAGCUUGUUUUAAUACAUCUGAAUGCACUGACAACUGGCUGCUAAGGGCAGAGAUGCCAUCUGGAAGAGCUCAAGGCGUUUGCUCUUUCCCUGACGUCCUAAAGCACAUCCAGAGCAGAAUUACACGAACUGAGGAAUGUAAGCAACCAACGGGUGCAGGCAAUGUAUGUGGACUGAGCUGCUCCAAUCCCCAUUCACAAAAGCUAUUGUCAGUGGUAUCUCCAGGGCAAGAUUUUAGGUCACAAGUCUAGGGACCCACUCAUAGGAGAGGCCACAGAUGAAGUAGAGCUGUCUUGGAACAGUUUGAAAUGAACAGUGUUAGACGCAGUCCCCACUAAGACCAUUACAUCCAGAACCAAAAAUUGCCACUGGCCUUACUCUCUGACAUGCAUGCUUGGGCUGGGAGUCAUCUUUACUUAACUCAAUGGGACUCAGAUUAAAACACAAGGCUGGACUGUAAAAUGUAGACUCCCAAAACAUCAGGGAAUCAUUAUUACAUGGGGAGGGAGGGAGAGACAAACUUGGCCUAUCUUGUGGACCCAGUUGUGUCCAUCCGUACACAUGACCUCUUUAUAAUUCACACAUCUUGCUUUGGUUUCAGUCAUUCCAAGGAGGUCCAAAACACCUUGGGAAAGGACCAAGGAGCUCAGAAGGGAGGGAGGGGCAUGAAGAAGGCAACUCCACAGGCUACCUGGGCUCUCUGGCAUCCUGGGUGUAAAAUUACUCCAUGCUGGAGGAGGAGGAGGUGGGCGGCAGGGAGGGCGAGGGCAAGAUGCAAAUGUGUAACAUGUUGGAGAAAUGGGAUUGCUGCUGAUUGACAAUGGCAAGGCUGGUGGAGGAAGGAAUACAGUAGCUGUAAUAUAUAUCUGUAUUUUAGUACAAAAACAAAGUUUGAUACAGUGUUUCACAAAACCUUAACCAGAAAACAUAAAAUUCAAGAUGGAUUGGACUGGA